AUGCGUUCGUCUACCCUCGUCGCCGCGACCUUCGCGGCCCAAGCCCUGGCUGGCCCCAUCGCCAAGCGCUUCCUCACCACCGACUGGGAGUUCGUCACCGUCACCCAGACCGUCACUGCCGGUGAGGGUGUCCCGGCCGGCGUCCAGACGUUUGUGACGACCAUGCCCGCGUCCGUGACGGCCCAGGCCGUCGAGACCGAGGUCGCUGCCACGACCAUCAUCGAGACGCAGCAGGCCGGUGCCCAGGGCGCCAAGAACAACAACUUCUGGUCCUUCUUCCAGCCGCAGACGACCGAGAUCGUGCAGACGUCCGCCCAGGUCCUCGAGACCACCAUCGAGAUCCCGCCCUCCGUCGUCGCGUCGACCCAGGUCAUUGAGACCACCCAGGAGGCCCCUGUUCCCGUAGCGACUACGGCCGUCCCCGUCGCCGAGACCACCGAGGUCAUCAGCACCCAGGCGCCUGCCACCACCGAGGCUCCCGCUACCACUGUGGCUCCCGCUACCACGCAGACGCAGGCCGCGUCCACCAAGGCCGCCACCACCCAGGCUGCCACCACCGCUGGCUCCGGCUCCGGCUCCGGCUUCAAGUUCGCGUCCAUCUGCGCCACCCCCGCCGCCUCUGACAUGCCCUCCGCCGCCCGCCUUGCCGCUACCCCUACCGGUGACGUCCAGAAGCUGUGGCUCGGAUACCACAAUGUCCACCGCAGCAACCACACCGACACGUGCUCCAUGUACUACGACUACGACCUCGAGGAGAGCGCGCAGGAGUGGGCCAACACCUGCACCUACAAGCACGACACGACCAUCGGCUCCAGCUACAGCGCCAGCGACGAUACGACCUGGUACGGCCAGAACGGCGGCAUGUACUCUGAGAGCCUGAGCGACACCAAGGCCGCCGUCAUGUUCACCAACAUGUACUACCAGGAGGGCCAGAACUACACCAACGCGUACGGCGCCAUGACGCCGCUCGAGGGCGGCUCCGUGCCCACGGGCGCCGACAUUGGCCACUUCACGCAGAUGCUGUGGAAGGAGUCGUACGCCGUUGGCUGCGCCAGCCGGGACUGCUCGAACGUGGCCGGCUCGUCGAUCGGCUACGUGACCUGGUGCAACUACCGCGUGACUGGCAACAUCCAGGGCGAGUACGCGACCAACGUCGCCAAGCCCAUCAGCCCGGCCCUGCCGCCCGUCUGCACCGACUACGAUGUCGAGGGCUGCAUUGCCGAGUCUGAGUUCAUCUAA